CACAAUCUAUAGCCCACCGGCGCCGUGUCGCACCGCUGCCUACAUUCGGAAACAGCCCCGAAACGACUCCGGAGUCCGGCCCCGAGCAGCCGUCAGGUACCACCAGUGGUCGCUAAACGCGCGCCUGUCGCGUUCUGCUGCUCUCGCCCACUGCACGCGCUCGUUUGCACCCGCCCGGAGCAGGCGCUCGUUAGGCCCUUUAUCGUGUCCGGAAGCGUGCGCGAGAAAGUGUUGCCUUGCAUUCGAGCCUUCGAGUUCUACGUCUCGAUCAUGGAGGAGAGUGAUCAGCAGCCGCAACUCCUGAGCGUCUGCAUGGAAGGCGAGCAGGAGAUGGUGAUCCAUGUGGAGAGGGCAGGAAGCUUGGAGGGCAGCACACUGGUGCCCGUGCAAGUGAUCCCUGACGUGAUGCAGGUUCCUCCCCGUAAUGGCGGUAUCGAGUGGAACAGCCACGAGAGUAAGGUCCUGUUGGAGAACUACGUGCGCUACGUGCCACAGGUUGGGCCAGACAAAAAGUUUCGGAGCAAAAAGGAGAUGUUCAAGCGCAUUGCCGACCACAUCUUCGAGGUAACGGGGCAGCGGCGCACGGGCGAGCAGUGCGAGAACCGGUACAAAACCAUCAUGCGCCGGAAGAGGCGCCAUGGAGAAGGAAGGAGCACAGGACUCGCCAGGGCUCGCAUCCUUCUACACACAGCAGCUGGAGCAGAAGACGGCGAGGACGAGCAAUUCAUGGAGGAGGAAGAACCAGAGGUGGAGGAAGAGGAAGCUGAGCCAAAACAGGAGGAGCUGCAGCAGCAGGAACUCGAGGACGAUGAGCCGGAACUGCUGGCUGAACUGGCCGCCAUGGGUGACGAAGAGCAGCAGAUGAACCGACGGGCCUUGCGAAAGCGCAAGAGCUCCUCAGCAAUUGACCAGCAGCUGCUGCUCGACAGGCUGCAUGAACUGCACGAGCAGCGUGAACGACGAAGGGACGAGCGCGAGCGUCGUAGGGAGCUCAGGCAUGCCGAACAAAUGAAUCUGCUCCGAAGAAUCCUCAGCGUGUUAGAACGGCAGCCACUUACAACAUCAACUGCUAAUCGCCUACGAGUGGCUGCAACCCACCGGUGACACUCGCUAUCCACCAGCUGUGUGUGUUGAAAUUAAUCUGGGCACUAAAUUUAUAUUUUGCUGAUGUUUCACCUUUAAAGAGGAUGACAAAUGAACUUUGGCUGGUGGAGAUUGAAAGUUGUUUGUUGGUUGUCAUGUGAAGAAGCAUGACAAGUUUUCUUGGGAGAGUGUUCUUUUUUAUGUUGCUAAAAUGUAUUUUACUGUUGAACCUGACCAGAUGUGUCAAACGGCUGGCACCACUCUGACUGAAAGCAAAACUAAACCUUGCUUAUUAUUCUAUGACUAAAUGGUUUCAUGAUAACUGUGUUUUAUUGGCCUCAGUGCUACUUUAUCUCAAGCCACAUGCAGCUUGGUACUGAGGCCCACAUAGCUCAGUGGUGAAGCUAGCAUGGCUCAGUAAUAAAACUCGAAGGGCAAAGUUGGCUAUGACGAACAGGGUGCUGCCUGCAGGUUUAUCUCAAUAAUGCACACAUAGGCAGCCUUUGGGGCACAAGGACUACUGUGUUUAUUCAUUGAAACUGCUCUUAUGCAGUUCUUUCUAGUCAAAAAAUAUGUUUUUCACACCUUGGGUGUCACAGAAAAAAAUCAUUCCUUGUUUCAAGUGCAUUAGAUGCAUUGUGGAAACAUUUCUGUGCUGCCUGCCUUUAAUAAUGCUUUGAAUGGUACUAUACUGACACUGUGUAACACUAUUCAAAGCAUUAUUAAGGGCAGAGAGGUUGAUGGAUGUCAAGCAGCAGAAAAUGCUGUGGCUUUUGUUCUGCUGUUGCUGCAACAGGCACACUUUUGUUGCUACAGGGAAGGUCUUUGUAAAUAAAGUGCUAUACAUACCAUA